AUGGUGCCCACGGAAAUAAGCAGCAGAGACAGCACUUCAAGCUCGAGCCCGGAAGAGUGCCGCAGUGACUGGGAAGUCGGGGGAGCUGAACUUCCAGUCCAAAGGCCGCGAACGCGAAGGCCGCAUAACAAGACCCGGUCUGGUUGUGUGUGCGAUGAAAAGAAACCCGAAUGCCAACGGUGUCAGCUUCACGGCGUCGCAUGCUUGUAUAACUCCGCUGAAGAGCUAUUUGGCGAAGAUCGGUCCCUGAAGCGCCUGCUCCAGGGGCAGAGGCCUACAAAGCACAAUUUUUCUCUAUCGCUUACGUCUAAUGAAUCGAGCAUAGACCAUGUGCUCCAGUCCGCCGGCGAUGUCUCUUCGGUAAGCCGCGAGAACUUGGAGGCAGUCAGGCGCUUUGAAGUGUUUACAUCACAUACGGUUGGCGCACCUAUCGCUCGAUACGUUGCGCGCACAUAUUGUAUCCCACUCGCGUACAAGACGCCGCACCUCAUGCAUGCAAUGAUCGCAUGCUCAAUAACCCAUCUCCAGCAUGUAGUCCCAUCUUAUCGCCCCAGAGCCCCUGCAGAAUACCACUGGAACCGCGCCAUUUCCCUUUUCACGGAACAACUCAACGGCCCUAUCGAUUCAUCAAACAUCGAUGCAAUCAUCUCCACCUGCAUGCUCCUCGCCAUCCACUCAUUCACGAGCAGUAACGAUACUAGCAGCGGCGCAACCUGGGUCUUUUCACCACCGGAUACUGCCGCUAACUGGCUCUAUGUCGCUGGAGGGCUGCACGCCGUCCUUGGAAAAUCCGGAGCACACGGCCAACGAACCAUCUGGGACCCGGUCUUCGAGCACAGCGAAAACUAUUUCAACAACUCUACAUUCGACAUCCAGGAUAUCCCGCCGGCAUUCCGUGAGCUGUGCGAUAUUGACAAAAGUACAGACUCGUCCAACAAUCCGUAUUACACCCCUUUGCGCACGUUAUUUAUCUUGAUGCGGCUGGAACCGUCAGGCGCCAAUUUUGCGAAAUUAGUUAUUUUUGUCGGGCAGAUGCUGAGCGGAUAUCGGGACUUGGUGCAGGGAAGGGACCAUAGGGCGCUGCUAAUUCUGGCAUACUGGUUCGGGCUUAUGUGCGGCGUCGAUCAGUGGUGGAUUCAGGAUCGAGUUCGCUCGGAGUGCAGGGCGAUAUGUAAGUAUCUAGAACGGUCUGCUGCAGACCCUCGUAUUAUCCAAUUGCUGGACUUCCCGGCUUUAGCAUGUGGGUAUGUUUUAAAUACGCCGUUUACUUAA